AUGAUAAGAAAAGUCGAGCGUUUCACCUACUUAGGAAGUGAUAUUUCGUCCACAGAAAAUAAUGUCGCUAUUAGAAUCGCGAAAUCGUGGAAUGCCUUAAAUAAACUGCGAAUUAUAUGGAAAUCGAAUCUCAGUAAUAAUUUGAAACGAGACUUUUUCAGAGCCACUGUCGAAUCCAUCCUGCUUUACGGCUGUACAACCUGGACACUUACGAGAAAGCUUGAAAACAGAUUAGAUGGAACCUACACUCGAAUACCUCGCGCUGUCCUUAAUAAGUCCUGGCAACAACAUCCAACUAAAGAAGAGCUAUAUAGGAAGAUCCCUCCAAUAACGCCCACUAUCAGAGAGAGACGCACCAGGUUUGCUAGACACUGCCACAGAAGUAAAGGGGAACUUAUAAGCAGUCUGCUACUUUGGGUGCCAAAACAUGGGAGAAGCAAUGUCGGAAGACCAGCAAAGACGUUUGUCAAGCGAUUGACCGAUAUUGGCUAUGCGGUUCUGCCUGGUGCUAUGGAGACUCGCGGCCAGGGCGUAGAUCCAGUAGACAAUGUGUCUGGUAGAGUUCGGGCUCAGCCGAGAAUAUAG